GUGUAAAGUGUUGGACAGAGGGAUGCACUGAACGCAUGCGCUAUCCUUCAUAUCCGACUCUCAAUCACUUCCUUUGCAUUUGUGUCUCAAACGUGACUCCAGUUAUGCCGACUAAACACGUGGUGGAGAUCGGGAGGGUAGCGGUGGUGCACUUCGGGCCGUUCGCCGGCAAGACGGCGGCCAUCGUGGACGUGAUCGACCAGAACAGGGCUCUUAUCGACGGACCCGUGACUGGCGUCGCCCGACAGGCCAUUCAGUUCAAGCGCUUACGUCUCACGCAGUUCCGCAUCCGUAUCCCAAACGGCACGUCAUCGGCAGUGGUGGCCAAAGCCUGGAAAAAGGACGAUAUCACCACUAAGUGGACGCAAACACAACAGGCCAAGAGGUUGGCGGCCACGCAAGUGAAGCGACAGAUGACUGAUUUCGAUCGAUUCAAACUCUACAAAUUGAAACAAAGGGUCAAUCGUGCCGUCAAUCGUAAGUUCGUAGUCCUUAAGGCCAAGGCUUCAAAAGAUUUGAAGGAAAAGCGCCAGAAAUUGGAGAAAAAGGAGAAGAAGCCGAAGAAGAAAACGACAAAAAAGCCCAAAACAGUUAAGAAGUGAUAAACUGUUGUUUGUAUUGGAUAUAAAUUAAAACAAAUAAAAGAUUUUGAUUAAAACA